AUGUCACUUCAUUCCUUUCUCUUCCUUUUCUUUCCUUGCUUCCUCCCCUUCACUUCAUCUCGUAUCAGAAUCGAAAAAGGGAAAAAGAGAACCAAGCAAGAGAAGAAAAGCCAACAGAAAUCCACACAUACACACACAAGAACCAUGGAACGAUUCGUCCUAACCCACCUCAUGGCCCUAAAGCUUCGCAUCCGCCUCCUCAUGUGCCACGCCAACACGCCGCACGAGAAGGAACUCAUCACCCAGCUGUGCGUCGCCUUGUACGCGCGGAUCCGACUCAAAGCACGCUCGGUCAGGAGACCGGCGGCCGUGGCUUCCAAACUUAUAGAUGAGGCGUGGCCAGCUGUGUUUCCGCGUGGGAGGCCCGAGAGGAAAAAGUUGGGGCCUUCGCCACUGAGACAGAGUUUGUGUGCUGUGGAGUUGGAGGUCGAGGAGGAGAUAGAAGAGGCGGAGGAGGAGAAGGGGAAGGGAAAGGGGGAUGGAGAAGGGGAAACCGAUGGGGAGCUGGAGGUUAGGUACCCGCCUCGUCCGCCACCGAGACGAUCUGCAGGACCUUCACCGCUGCGACAGAGCGAGAGCCUUUUGGAAGAACCAGACUUCUCUCAAGACCACAGCGCAGAUGUAGCGGAUGAAGAGCCUCUCCACCUCGGAGCCGGGGAAGGAGAGCCCGUGGAGAUGCGCUCCGGGUGGUAG